CUAGGGACACGUCGCAUAAGCAGCAACAGGUUGUUACAAGGCGCCCCCAAACAACUGCGUGCUUCAGUCUGUCCCAGCGCGCUCAGCUAUCACCAAGUCUGUUCCACAAAAGAAUUCGUCGGAGGUGUUUGUUGUGAUAUAGUGAGACUUGUGCGCAUAAUAUAAAGUUUGAGUACAUUUUGUCUUGGAAAAGUCAGCACUCAGGCACGAACGAUGAGGAGUGACAUUGGCUUAUUAAGUAUACUGAUUCUCGUUGGAUCAGUAUAUGGUGCUGAACUGACAAAGUGGCAAAAUCAAAGAGAAGAGGCCGUUUUUGCGCUGUUUCGCCCCCAGGACGCGUCGCGGGGCGCCCUGAUUCUCCAGCAUGCAGCCAGCCAAGGGAAUGUCGAUGCGGAGAGUGACCUGACUCUGGCCAUGCUCCUCGGGAUGGGUGUUCCCCAAGACAUCGACGCAGCCGAAAAGUCUUCCAGUAGCCUGGUAGAGGGCGGCGGGGCGCGCGCCCAUACGACGCUGGGCCUCCUCCUCGCCCACAACCUCACGGGGACGGAGAUGACGGAGGAGAAGCGCCAGAGCCAGGCCCUGUCGCACUACAUCCUAGCGGCAAUGAGCAACGAUCCCAUCGCGCAAAUGCUUGCAGGCUGGCACUACCUAAAGGUGGGCGACUGUGAUGCCGCCCUUCAGUAUUUUAGGAGAGCUGCCCUUGCCGUCAUCCCCUCCGUCCCCGAGGAAAUGAUGUCGCAGGACUCUCCGCGAUACGUGUGGCCAGAGGAUGACCAGUUCGCAGAGGAGGGGCGGAUGACCCUGGACGAGUUCCACUAUAUAGAGCUCAUGGCUCAGCACGGAGACGCCGACGCUGCCCUCAAGACCGCGUUUAUCCUGUACCGAGGAAUGCCCGGCCUCCCGCGGGACGUGCGCGGGGCGGUUGGCUAUUUACGACAGGCUGUCAAGGAAAACAGCACCUCGGCCAUGGUGAUCCUGUCGUCCAUUCUACUUCGACACGAUUUUCCCGACAUCGAGGAGGACGUUCUCGGCCUCCUCCAGACAGCUCUUGAUUUCGGGGAACAGUCGGCCCACGCCUUCCUUGGCCUGCUCUAUCUCAAUGGUUUCAGAGGUGUGCCCAAGGAUUUGGCGAAGGCGAAAAUACAUCUCACACAGGGAGUUAUGCACGGCGUUGCGGAAGCAUUCUACCUCCUGGGGAAGCUGUAUGAAGAGGACAACAGCGGGAAGACCGACGAAGCCAUAGCAUUGUGGCAUGUUUCUGCGUCCAUUGGACAUGUUCCGUCGGCCUUCCGCAUCGCCGAGAGGUACUGGCAGGAGCUGCAUCGGGUCGCUACAAAUGUAGAUAACACGGCUGUUUUCGCACAGGCACUCUGCCAUUCUGCCGUGUCUAUGUACCGCGAAGUGGCACUAUCAGGGGACUGGCACUACCUCCUAGAGUCAGCGUACGAUGACUAUGUUAAUGGUCACGUAGGAACAGCGUUAAUGAAAUACUUGUUGAUGUCUGAUUUAGGUUAUCCCUCGGCUCACGUCAACGCGGGCCGAUUGCUGGACUCGGGAAACGAUGGAAUCUACAAUACUGAAGAAGCUCUCCAUCACCAGGCAGUGAAGGUGUGGCAGAAAGCGGCUGAAACUGGGACCGCCACAGGUUACGUUCGCUUAGGUGACCUUCACUACUACGGCCAAGGUGUUCCUCAGGACCUUACACUGGCUUUCAUGUACUACAACAAUGCCUCGAUGCUAGGAAGCGCCCAUGGACUGUUCAACGCAGCUCAGAUGGUGGAAUGGGGCGAGGGAGUCGAGCAGAACGUGACAAAAGCACGAGAAAUGUACCAAAGUGCAGGGGAACUUAGUGAAGACGCUCACGUUCCUAUAACACUCGCUCUCCUGAGAUUGGACCUUUUCCUCCGCCUCAACACUACCCUUGGUCUCGAUCUUUACGCUGUGGACUGGUCUCUUCCGUCCCUUAAAGACCAGGGGGGGCACAGCUUCUUUGUGAGCGCUUCCAUGCCCGCCUGGGACAUCAUACUUAUGGUUGUUCUCGCAGUCAUUAUUACUGCUAUGGUGGCAUUAAGAGCGAGACCAACGGGAAAUCGCUGAUGGUUGUAAGGUAGCAUAGGUUUCACAUAUCAUUGUAAACGCAAUAUCAUCGUAAGCAUUAACACACUUCAAUGAAUUUUAAGUCAGGGUUGUAAUAGGUCAUUCUUGAAUUAUUAAGAAUGUUUAUGCAUUAAGUUUUCUGAUUCCCAUGAAAACGGAGCUCAAAUAUUCUUAGGGUUUAUACUUUGAUAAAAAUGUUAAAAACGCAUUUAUGCCGUUCCAUACUUGAACAAUGCCAUUUUGUAUUUAUUUUUUAGGUUACAAAUGUUAGCUACAAUACACUGUAGGUAAUGUAUAUGUGAUAUUUAUAGUUUAGUACAUUGCAAAAUAAUGUAGUAGUUUGUGAUAUAAAAUUAGUUUGAAAUGCCUAGUCAUAAUACUAAAGACGAAAUGCUCAAGAAACAAUGCAUAUAUUCAUUCCUACAUACAUACAUAUAUGUAUAUAUAUACAUUUAAUACACACACACACACAUACACUCACUCACUACCACACAAAUACACACGUAUCAUAUAUAUAUGUGUGUGUGUGUGUGUGUGUGUGUGUGUGUGUGUGUGUG